AUGGUGGAUAUUAUGACCAAAACAACCGUGUACCACAAUGGAACAGUUCGCUGGGUGCCACCGGCGAUAUACAAGAGUUCUUGUCAGAUUGACGUUGAAUUCUUUCCCUUUGAUAUCCAAGCUUGCUCUAUGAAGUUUGGCUCUUGGAGUUAUAAUGGAAAAGAAGAAAAUAGCAGUAAUUUAAUGUCGUGA